AUGUGCCCUCACCAUGGACUGGAGAAGUGGUUAAUUGUUCACACCUUCUACAACGGGCUCACUUAUAACACUCGGAUGACUGUUGAUGCUGUUGCAGGAGGAGCUUUGAUGAGCAAAACAAUAGAUGAGUCAUACACUCUCAUUGAAGACAUGGCUCAAAAUCACUAUCAAUGGGCGAACGAGCGGGCUCAGACAUCAAAAGGUGGCAAGUAUGAAAUAGAUGCUUUAGAUCAUAUAUCCUCUAAAGUUGAUGCUUUAUUUAAAAAGGUUGAAAGCUUGAGUAUUAAUUCUGUGGCGCCUACUUCAAUUGCAUGUGAGAUAUGCGGUUAUGUGGGUCAUUCUGCACUUGAAUGUCAAUUAGGAAACCCCUCAUCCCUUAAUACUUCUGAUAAUGAACAUGUUAACUAUGUUAAUAACUUUAAUCAAAAGGGAGACCCUUUCUCCAAUACUUAUAAUCCGGGGUGGAGGAAUCAUCCUAAUUUUUCUUAUAGAAACCCACUUGGAAAUUCCAUGACCGCAUCUAAUUUUGGUCCACCUGGUUUUCGUGCUCCCCAAUCUAAUCUCCCUCCCCAAAGGUCUAAUUUGGAAAAUAUGAUGGAAAAGUUUGUGAUGACUCAGUCAAAAUUGAAUGAAGAAUUUAAACAACAACAACAAACCACGAAUGAGGUAGUAAAACAAUUGGCCUCUAAGAUGGAUUCCCUAGCUACGCAUAACAAGAUGUUAGAGACACAAAUCACUCAAUUGGCGCAAAAUGCUAGCUCUUCCUCUAGGGCUUCAAGCAUGCUACCUGGACAACCUGAGACGAAUCCCAGAGGUCAUGUGAAUGCUAUAACCCUUAGGAGUGGAAAACAAUAUGAGGGACCUAAGAUGAAGGAAAAUGAUGGGAUGGAUGGUCAUGAUGAAGAGAAAACUAAAAUUGUGAUAGAUGUGGAUAAUGAGACCCAAAUGCAAGAAAAAGAAAAAGUUGAGAAAUAUGUGUCUCCCGCUCCUUACAAGCCUCCUCUACCCUUUCCACAAAGGUUAGCUAAGGCUAAGUUAGAAAAGCAGUUUGGAAAAUUUUUUAAGAUUUUAAAAAAGUUGCACAUCAAUAUCCCGUUCACUGAAGCUAUCUCUUAA